CUAACCGCAUGCUGAUGCUGCAGAGCGGCACAGACGGGCUGCUGCUGUAGCUUCGAGCACGUCCUCUCGCUCCACAGCUCGGUGCGUUAAAACCAACAACAGCGGCUUCACACAACACAGGAGGACGUCGGGAUGUGUCCGAUAUGACAAAUUUCUUCCCGGAGGAACAGGAUGAGACAAUUUCAGAGUUUCCUGCCUUGAUACAUGGAUGUAAUGACUAACAACUUACUGUACGCUGUAUAAGUCACGGCCUAAUUGGUUUCAACUAGUUUCACAUGCUCCUCUGAGGGUGUGUCCUGGUCACUGUUACUACUACGGCAUGCGCGAUGGGCCAAACGCGCUCGGAUCUGUCGCGCGGCGCCGCCACACCGUGCAGAGAGAAGGCAGGCGCCACAGCCCGGCGGCUCCGCAUCCGCAGCUUCAGCGGCAGACAGAGGCGCGAGGCGGGUGAGCAGCUCAGCGGGAAUUCCAUGAGAAGCAAAGUGCUGUCGUGUCUGGGACGGAGAAAACGAGUCUCCAGCCGAACGGAAGCGAAUCUGCGCGGUCUGAACGCAGCCCGAGAGCCGGGCACGCGCCGCGAUCACCGAGUGGGAAAGUUGCCGAGGGACGAGCUCGUGCGAGCGGACGCGGGCUGCUUCCAGACGCACGCCGGCCUGGAGGACCAUGGCGGAGCCGUCCGCGCCGUGAGUCGGGAGGCGACGCCCGGGUCGCUCGAUGCGCCGGGGUUCGCCCGUCGAACCGGCGAAGCGAGCGGCGCUGAGCGCGAGGACAAUGCCUCAGGUCUCCCGACGAGGGCCAUGGAUCAGCCUGUGGGGGGACGCGGCCGGAGCCUUGUAGUGUCGGAUGUCAGUGUUUUAUCGCCGAGUAAGCAGAGUUCGGCCCCGCUGCUCAGCCCUGCGCUGGACGCUGAGCGGACCUUGUAUAGCCGGUACCCGGUCCAGCCUUCGGCCGGUGGACUUCUUAUAACGGACGACCGCGCAGCUGAAGCUGAAAUGACCAAGAGUGACUGUGGCCCAGUUUCAUGUCCCACCAAAGCGGCCGGCGAGCAGGCCAGCGGUUUUCCAAAGGACCGUGGUCACGGCAGCCAGAGCCGCUCCGGGGGCCAGAGCUUCCCAGGAACCAUACCGAAGCUCAUCAUCACGAGGGACCCCAGCCCGAGCCGCUCCACGGGCGCCCCGGUCAUGCUGACCGUCCGAACCGAGCUCUGCACCGGAUCCUGCCUCGAGCCCCACCCCGACGACGAGUCUCCCUGCUCGGACAGCGGCUGCGGGGGGUCCCCGGCCCUGAUGCGCUCGCCCAGGAAGCUGUCCAACUCCUCCUCCAUCGGCCUCUCCUCCGCCUCGUCCUUCGAGGAGUCCGAGGACGACUUCACUGGGAGCGACAUCGAGUCCAGUUUGUCUCCGGCUCGGUCUCUGUGCAGCCCAGAAGACGGGACAGGGAAUAAAUCCUGGCAGAAGUUGAAGACCAUGGUUCACUGGUCGCCCUUUGUGGUGUCCUUCAAGAAGCGUUAUCCAUGGGUGCAGCUAGCUGGCCAUGCAGGCAACUUCCAGGCUGGAGAGUAUGGACGCCUGUUGAAGCGAUACUGCGAGUGUGAGCAGCAGUGUCUGCAGAAGCUGAUGAAGGACACGCUGUGCCCGUACGUUCCUGGUUAUUUUGGUGUCGUACAGCGAGACGGGCAGGAUUAUAACCUGAUGGAAGAUCUACUGGCCGAGUUUGACUCUCCGUCCAUCAUGGAUUGUAAAAUGGGCAGCAGAACAUACUUGGAGGAGGAGUUGAUGAAAGCCAGGGAGCGUCCACGUCUGCGGAAGGACAUGUAUGAGAAGAUGGUUGCAGUGGAUCCUGGGGCCCCCACGGAGGAGGAGCGGGCACAGCAGGGGGUCCUCAAACCCAGAUACAUGCAGUGGAGGGAGACUCUGAGCUCCACAGCCACCCUGGGGUUCCGCAUCGAGGGAAUAAAGAGAGCUGAUGGAACCUGUAACACCAACUUCAAGAAGACAAAGCACAGAGAGCAGGUGAUGCAGGCCCUGAAGGACUUUGUUGAUGGCAACACUCAAAUACUGAAACUCUACCUGCAGCGGUUGGAGGAACUCCGCUCAGCGCUUGAGCAGUCAAGCUUCUUCAGGACACACGAGGUCGUGGGCAGCUCUCUGCUCUUCGUGCACGACACCUCUGGGAAGGCCAGAGUGUGGAUGAUCGACUUUGGGAAGACCGUGGCCCUGCCCGACCCGCAGACCCUGGAUCACAGGAGCCCCUGGGUGGAAGGCAACAGGGAGGACGGCUACCUGUGGGGACUAGAUAACCUCAUAGACAUCUUCAGCAGCAUGCUCCCACAGACGCCUUGAACGGGACGGCCUCUUGGAACGGGAUUGUGGAAGAGAUGCAAGAUCAGCAGAACUUGAGAGAAUGGAAAAUACAACAAACUAAAACCAAUAAUGGAAUUCUUCCUCUGCUUUUCCCCAAGACCCGCUUUAUAUUUACACCAAUUUUUUUUUACUCAUUCCUGAGACAAGAAAGCAAAACAAACGCAGGACUUGUAAGUGAAGUACGCUCCAGCAUCACGUUUCCCGCUUCAUUUAUGGAAAACGAGGCAAGGAGACGUGAGUUGAUGCCUUGGGCAGUAAAAGGAGACGGAUGGAGAACUAAAUGCAAAAUGUCUAAAGGUUAGAGCCUACAGUCUUAUAAGUUCAGUUCCUGUUGCUUGCCCUCAUCUUCCUCCUCACCAGCUCCCUCUGUUGGCUAGAGUUGCACAAAGUACUCUCAGGAACAUGAACUCUACUGGCGUGCAGCUUUUUACUGAGGAGCAUUAGUUAAUUGGGAGUUUUAUUUUUUUCAUGGACUACUUUUGAUGUUUAUGUAUAAAGCAACACUAAAACACUGGUCGUUCCAUGUGUUAACUAACAACGUUUGUAUAUAUGAUUCUAUUUAAUUAUUUUUUCUUUUUUGCCUUUGUAUAACCUCAUGUUGUUUGUACAAUUUCGGUGCCUGGUUAUUUUAAACGAGCUGAUCAUUCUAUUACAAUGUACUCCUGCUGUUGUUCUUCCAAAGAGUUCACCCAAGUAACUGAUGUGCAUCUAAUCCCAAAGUUUAACUUCUAGUGGAAGCAGAGUGUUUUGCUAAUCUGAAUUUUGCAUGGUAAUGCAGAGUGGUGGGUUUUCUUCCUUUUAACUGUUCAGUAAUCUGCUCAGCAGCCAUGUUUAAAUUUGUUGCACUAUGGGUCCUCACAAAGCCAUUGAACAAACGAUGUGCCUCUGUGUCUUAAUGAGAAGCAGGAGAUGGGCACUGGGUUUACACAGAAAUUGUAUUUGUGUUCUCACUCAAUUUAUUUUUACUCAGUGUUGCUGUAGACUUGUAGAACUUUACAGUAAAGCAGAGGUGUUGAGGGAGAAAUGAAACUGGAGUUACCCGAUUUAAACUAAUCCUGUCCUGGGUUUUGUUGAGGUUUCACCUAUUGAUUAACUAAGAUGUGAUCUUGAAACUGGAAAACUGUGUCUUAUGAUUCAAAACCUAAGUGAACACAAGAAUGUUGUUGCUUGGAUUUUUAUAUGCAAGAUUGAGAGUUUACAGGGAAAUGACUUUGAUAUGUUUGGAUGCCAAGGCAGUGCUUGUUGUGAUGUCAGACGAUCGGCCGGGCCGUGCAGCGCUGAGUGCAUGCGUAGACAGUUCACUUAUGCUGUAAAUGUCUGACCUAAUGAAAUUGGAAAUCACAUUUAGAAAUGCCGUUGUGAGAACCAACCAACCAUAAAGAGAAUGUUGUGUCCACUUAGUAUUAUAUUUCCUCACCCACAAAUCCUCUAUAUUUGUAAGAUGGCAAACUGUCAGGUUUUCUAACUGGGUGCUGAUUUAUAAGAAAGGAAACUGGAUUUUGUACUUUGCUAAUCUGCUUAUUUUAGAAACACAAAAGACAAAAUUGGUUAAUUAAUCCCUGCUUUGUCCAGAUGGAUUGCAAUAAACUGGAAAACCAGA